ACGGUUUGAUUUGACUGUUAAAGGGAUUUUGAAAUCUUGUAGCGAUCUGUUGCUAGUCAUUCGUUGCUAGCCUUUCAUGUUGUAAGACUGCGUCUGCAAACUUGAGAGUUGAAACAAACCACAAAAGAACAAUGUUGAGAAGCUGUUUCGGGUUAUUGGCACUUGCUAGCAUCGUGUUGGGAACCGAAGUGUGCUGGCCUCCAUAUGGAUGUUUUAAUGAUAACUACCCUUUUGAUAACAACUGGGUCCAGUUGCCACAGUCGCCACAGUAUAUUAACACAAAAUUCAUGCUUUACACAAGAAAAGAGAAGUACAACCCCGACAUUCUGAGCGACCUUGAUGCAAACACAAUCAGUGUCUCCAAUUUCGAUGGCCGCAAGAAGACCAUCAUCAUGUGUCAUGGAUACUUAGAAUAUGGCCAGAUGUUUUAUCACAGAGCAUUGAUCGACGAGCUCCUACGCAAGGAAGACAUGAAUGUGAUCAUAGUAGACUGGGGCCAAGGAGCGCUGCCAUAUCACUUUGCCUUCGGAAAUGUUCGAUUGAUUGGUAUGCAGAUAACGAAACUGGUCGAGUUGAUGAACAGUCAGUUUGGACUGAGCUUCGCCAACGUUCACCUCAUUGGAUUCAGCAUUGGCGCUCAGCUUGUGGGGCAUGCUGGGAAAUAUCUUAGACAAAACAAUCAUACAGUUGGGAGAAUCUCAGGCCUCGAUGCUGCAUCUCCAUACUACGAAUUCAGACCUCCGGUUGUACGCUUGGACGCGACUGAUGCUGAGUUCGUUGAUGCAAUGCACACAGACACAAAGACAAUCUACGUCAAAGGGUUUGGUAUCGAACAAAGGUCUGGCCAAGUGGACACAUACCCAAAUGGAGGCUACGAGCAACCCAACUGCCGAACGCUUGACAAUGGUGCGGCUGACUUUUUCACAUGCAGCCAUUACAGAGCUGUGCAUUAUUUCACUGAGUCCAUUAACAGCAACUGUCCCUUCGAAGCAUAUCCUUGCAAGAGCUACGAUGAUUUCAAGAAAGGGAAAUGCACCUCGUGUCCAUCAGGAGGCUGUCCAAAGAUGGGCUACCAAGCAGAGAAUAAGGGGAACAGAUUCGACGGGAAAUACUUCUUGCUAACUAGAGGACAGAAGCCGUUCUGUUCAUAUCACUACAAAAUAACGUUUCAUACUGGCACAGGCCUUUUCUCGGAUCUCAGCGGUGACUCAGUCAAAGUAAUAAUCACAGGUGACAAUGCCACAACAGAAGAAAUUAAAUUGCCACAACGAGACCUCGAUCCGGGCAGCAUUGAGUCAUUUGUCGGCAUUACAAGGCACGACAUUGGAAACCCGCUAAGAAUCAAAGUCGUGCAUACAGGAUUAGUGGAGCAAUGGAAACUUGAGAAGGUCGUCAUUAGAAAAUUCGGCACAGAGAAAGACUUCGAAGCUUGCUUCAACCGUUGGCUAAACACCCAAGCAAAUGAAGUAAGUCUUCAUGAAGUAAAAGGUACUGGGAAAUGCUAGCUCAAGAACAUCUGGCAGUAGUAUCUUUACAUAAGUUUUGACACGUCUUCAUAGAAUGUCACUAGGCCAUUGCAAGAAAUUCAUAACAAUGAAGCUAAUACUAACACAGUCGUCCUUACUUUGACCGUAUCUGCAGGGC